CGGCGGGGGCGGCUCGGGGGUCCCGGUGUUCCCGGUGUUCCCGGCGCGUCCCCAGCUGUCAUGUCGGCCCUGGAGAAGCAGCUGCAUCUGGGCCGCCUUCCGCCUCGGCCCCCGCUGCCCGGCGGCGGCGGGCAGUCCGGGUCCAAGAUGCGCAUGGGCCCUGGAAGAAAGCGUGAUUUUUCCCCAGUGCUUUGGAGCCAGUACUUUGAGUCUAUGGAGGACGUUGUGGUAGAAAAUGAAACUGGCAAGGAUACUUUUCGAAUUUACAAAAGUGGCUUGGAGGGGCCUGUCUUGCUGCUGUUACAUGGUGGAGGCCACUCUGCUCUCUCCUGGGCUGUGUUUACUUCUGCAAUUAUUAACAGGAUCCAGUGUAGGAUUGUGGCCUUAGACCUCCGAGGCCAUGGAGAAACAAAAGUAAGGAAUCCUGAAGAUCUGUCUGCAGAGACUAUGGCAAAGGACGUGGGCAGCGUGGUGGAGGCGCUCUACGGGGACCUGCCGCCGCCCAUCAUGCUGAUCGGGCACAGCAUGGGGGGGGCCAUCGCCGUGCACACCGCCGCGGCCAACCUGCUGCCCAGCCUGCUGGGGCUCUGCAUGAUCGACGUCGUGGAGGGUACUGCCAUGGAUGCCUUGAACAGCAUGCAGAACUUCCUAAGGAGUCGUCCCAAAACAUUCAAGUCGCUUGAGAAUGCCAUUGAGUGGAGUGUAAAAAGUGGACAGAUAAGAAAUCUCGAAUCUGCCAGAGUUUCUAUGGUCGGUCAAGUCAAACAGUGCGAAGGGGCUGCCAGUCCUGAAUGCCCUAAAGCCAUAGUGGAGGGAAUUAUUGAGGAAGAGGAGGAGGAGGACGAGGAUGAGGAAGGAGGAGGCUCUGUCAACAAAAGGAAGAAAGAGGAUGACACAGAGACAAAGAAGGAGCAUUUAUACACGUGGCGAAUCGAACUGGCCAAAACAGAGAAGUACUGGGAUGGCUGGUUCAGGGGUUUAUCCAACCUCUUCCUGAGCUGUCCAACUCCAAAGCUUUUGCUUUUAGCAGGUGUUGACAGGCUGGAUAAAGAUCUGACCAUUGGACAGAUGCAAGGGAAGUUCCAGAUGCAGGUGCUCCCACAGUGUGGCCACGCAGUCCAUGAAGACGCUCCGGACAAGGUUGCUGAAGCUGUUGCAACGUUCCUGAUCCGUCACAGGUUUACAGAGCCCAUUGGUGGAUUCCAGUGUGUGUUUCCUGCUUGUUAAUAUCCUGGUGUUCUCCAGCACUGAUUCCCAUUGUAAAUAAACUGCACCAGAGGCCACUGUGAUGUAUCCAUAUCCUCUCAUCUCCCAGUCCAGCAGCAGUGAGAAGCUGGUGUGAGAUUCAUCCCCUAGAACUAGCUCUCCAGAAUAUCUAAAUUUUUAGGGACUUCCUUGCUGGGAAGCAGCUUCUACUGAAGACCAUGAAAAGCUCUUCAGGCCCUUGGAACUGGGAUCCUCUUCUCUGCUGCCACAAGGAAAGACCUCCUGGAAUCCCAUGUAGUCAAUCAUACCAAUCUCCACCAAUUCUCAGGCUUUUUUGGACCCAACUGCAGAAGGGCUGUUGGCAGUCCAGAUCCACUGAGGGCAUUGCAGCACAGCCAAAGGCUUCAGGAUUUCUCAGUGGAAUCACUGAAUCAUCCUGGAAGUGCCCGUUAGAUUUGGAUUUUUACAUACACUUUGUUCAGACGAGGAAUUGGCUUCAUUGGGAGCCCAGGUUUCAGCUCACCAGUGCCAGCCUCAGGGGUUAAGCUGUGGGAAAAGUCUGGAGGCCGCUUUUCUGGGCAAAGUUGGAUGGGAUUGUGGAUCAAAAAGGCGAGGGGGGACUGUGAGCUCCACUUCAGAAUCUUGCAGUUUGUCAGGAGCUCGUUUCAAGUCCUUUUUGGAAAGAAGAGCCUGAAUAACUCCAUCUACUACAGACACAUCCCAGGCCAGAGGACUCUGAACCUGCGUUUAUGGGGAAGACCCAAGAGCAGCAGGGACAAUGUGGUCAACAGGCAGUUUGGCUGUUUUCUGCCCUCGGAAUGUGUUUGUCCUUCCCUUCUUGUAGCUGCCACACACAGCUGGGCAGAGAUCAAUGCCUUUCGGAUGAGAAAAACAUGGAAUGGCCUGUAGGAAAAACCCUGGGAGAGCUUGGAGUCAGUCCUGCUGAGGUUGAUGCAGAGGCGUAGGCAGCUGUUCUCCCCAGUAUUAGAGGAAGGACCCUGUUUCCACUGUUGCUUCCUAGUUCAUUUUGCUGCCUGCCUUCCAGAAUUCCAUGUGCACAGAGAGCUUUUCUUCAGGGUUCAGUUAUCCACAGACAGUUCCUGGGCUUGCUUUCACCUAACAGUCACUUUUGAGUGUAAGAGCAGACAUGUUUUGGAGCAGUUUUCCUCAAUAUUUUGCUGGAGGAUGUGUGAAACCCCCUUUUUUUUGCCCGGUGUCCAUCACCCCUUGCUGCUGUCUGAUGAUUUUAACCCUGCUCUGCCGAGGCAAAGUCGUGUGGUGAUUUGGGAGCUGCCCUGUGCAUCCCAUGACAAGAGCCAUCAGGAAUCCUUGGCACUUGAGAGGUGCAGGUUGGACAAAGGGUUUAACCAUGGCCUUGGGCCCGGCGGAGCUCCACUUAGCUGUGAUUCACCGGGCACAGCAGCCGUGGUGGCCUUGCUCCCUGUCCCUUCCCUGACACAUCAGGUUGGGAAGCGCCUGGAUUAGAGACAGGAAAGCCUCAUUGCUGAGAGGAAUGCCCUCCUGGCACUUUGGCCAUAGCACUCAGGUGUGACAAGAGCAAUUGGUGGCUCUGUGCGCGUCCCUCUGUGAGUCACCGUGUUAAUGCAUUAAUUUGAUGUAGCGUCCGCCCUGAUCUAGUUCCUGAUGGAUUCAAUGGAUCUUCAGUAGUCAAGAUGCAAAAUAGUUCUUUUCCCAGCCGUGUCCCCAAAAUGGCCAAAAUUCUCUUUCACAGAAGACUCCUUUGUGCAGAUUGUCAGGGAUGAACUAAUCCAGCAUGUCUGUCCAGUCUCACUUCCCGGGAUCGUACUCAUGAAUGAUCGUGGUGAAGUCACAUUCCUCUGUGGUGAAGUAACUUGGAGAGUCUGACUUGGAGUGAUUCCUCACGUUGUCCCUUUGAUUUGUGAGCUCGUAAAAAAGCCCGACCAAACAGAACCCUCUGUGGAAAGCCAAUCAGUUUUGUGUUCUGCAGAAGCACCACUGGAAAAGGAAUGAUUUCUGAAAUCCUGUGGGCUGCCUGGGAUUCUGUUUUGCUGUUAACAUUGAGUGAGUGAAAAGAAAAUAAAUAUUUCAAGAGCCUAUUGAACUGACUGGUGCGUCGCCCCGUGCCAGCCCCCAGCCCUGCCGUGCCCUGCCUAGGGGGCUGUUCAGGGACUCAUGUGGGACUGGAUGGAAAAGAUGGAUUCCAGGGACAGCAGCAGCACUGUGGGGGUGGGUGGAAGGGAAAUUCCUUUCGGCUCUGUCAAGCCACGCACAUUUUUGAGACUGGACUUUUGUCCGAGAAGUAUUAAUGCUCCUGCUGCAGUUUCCAGGGGGCUGCAGGCUGGGAUAAAUGCAUUUGGUGAAGGAUACACAGGCUGUGGUAAAAGUAACUGCAGAGAGAAGGAGUCUUCUCUCUGGCUCACGAGAAACAGGGACACAGAGAAAUUCCUCCCUGAAACUCCCAGCUUUGCAUUUUUCCUGCAGCCUUUUGAUUAGUGAGAAACCUCUCUUGGUUUUGUUUCACUUGUUGGAUUGAGGAUCAGUGGCAACCUUCCCAAUGGAGGAUCCCAAGGUUUGGCAGGAGCAGGAGAUGCACUUUGGGGUGCUGGUCUGUCGCAGGCUUCAUUUCAAUUGAAUAAAUUAAAUAAAUAAAUGUCUGAGACCUAG